CUGCAGGGUCGUCUAAGGGGUCUCUGGUGUUCAUACACACUGAGUGCCCCAGUGUGGCAGAUAACCUCACCUUGGACUCCUCUUGGGGCGGGCUCUGGUGCUCCUUGUUACGUGGCUUUGCCACAAAAGGCACUGUGUUCCUCACUAUCUGCUUAUCUACUGACUCCAGUUAGGUUUAACAUCCUUCCUGUCUACUUUUACACACUUGUACCUAUUUCGCUAGUUAGUCUUUAAGCUCUAUUUAGCAACUUCAAGGGGAACUGAAAAUAUUGUCUGUCUGAAAACUAUUGCGUAUUGUGUAUUGUCUAUUGUCCAUCAUGCUGUCAAGUCCCCCCAUUUUCUUGAGACAUGUCUCUUUUAGGCAAGUCUCAAUGCUUCAGUUUUCCAGCACAGUGUUACAACUACAACACUGAAUCAUAAUUCAAGCAGGUACGCACACUGCAAUGGUUACAGUGACUGCCAUAAAUGCACUUUGUAGCAGUCUCCGCCUUGGUAGCCGUGAAGUAAGCCAGUCCCACCAAGAAGUGGGACUCCUCCUGCUACUCUUCGUGCUGCUCUUCAGCUGCUCUAUUUAGGGGAUUCCUGAUAAUGACACGUGUUCCUUCUUGGCUACAAGCAGGUAAUCUAACCAUGCAGUUCUGCGGAGCCACCAUUCGUGUUUGCUGGAGCUCGUCGGAUGUGCUAUUUGAUGGGUUUGAAGUCCAACAGUCAGGAAUCGCCUAAAUAGGAUGGAACAUGUUGUGAGAUGCUCUAUUGAAACAGACCAGUGAAUACAUGCUGGGUGGCCUCUGUGUGGACCCGUCUUACCACUCCUCUCGUGCAAAUCUCCUGAAAGGAGAAGCUUCGGGUCUGGCGCUGUGUGUAUGGGACAAAAGCUAGACUCGCAGAUCUGUUCCAUCGGUGUGCCUCUGACGUUUGCAGCCCGGGAGGCAGAGGGCGUGCCGCUCCCCGCAGCCCCGCUGGAGCGCCCAGCCCCGCUCCGCCCGCAGCUCCGCAUGGCCCCGCGGGUGCAGAGCGUGGAAGCCCGGGGCCACUUCGUCUGCGUGCGCUGGGAGGACGGCAGCGAGAGCCGCUACCCGUGCGUGUGGGGGGUGCUGCGCCCGCAGCAGCUGGACCCGGACAUCGCGGCGGCGGGGAUCGCCCUGCCCGACCGCACCAAGAUCUGUAUUACAUGGCCUGAUGAACACACAAGUGAAUUUGAAGCUGAGUGGCUGAAAAAAAGAUGCUUCUCUGAAGAAGCCAGAGCUGUAAUGCGGGCAGAUUUGUUUUUACCAGAGCGCCAGUACUGGGGCUCAGACCUUCAGCUUCCCAAAAUGCCUUUUGAAGAAAUCAUGUACAAUGAUGAAAGUGCAUACAAGUGGUUGUGCACACUAAAGAAAUUAGGAAUUGUUCUACUGACAGGAGCUGCUACAAGGCAGGGAGAAUUGAUUAGGCUUGGCCACAGGAUUGGGUUCCUGCGCCUCACAUUUUAUGGACCAACUUGGCAAGUGCAAGACAAAGCAGAUGCUAACAAUAUAGCUUAUACAACUGGGAGACUCUGCUUUCAUACUGAUUAUCCUGUUCUGCAGCAUCCACCUGGGGUUCAAUUUCUUCACUGUAUAAAGCAAACAUCUGCAGGAGGUGAAAGUGAAGUUGUAGAUGGAUUUCAUGUGUCCAAGAAGCUGAAGGAACAAAAUCCUGAGGCAUAUCAGAUCCUGUCCUCUACUGCCGUAGACUAUGUUGACGUUGGGGUGGAUUACUGUGAUUUUGCUGUGCACUGCAAACAAAGGAUCAUAGAUGUGGAUUCCAGUGGCCAAGAAAUUCGCAUCAAUUACAAUAAUGCAACGAGAGACACAGUGUUUGAUAUACCAGCUGAAGAAGUGAGGCCAUUUUAUGCAGCUCUGAAGGAAUUUGAUGAUUUAUUAAACAGUGCAGAGCACAAGUUUACUUUCAUGCUGAAACCAGGAGACAUUCUGACCUUUGAUAACUGGCGAGUGCUCCACGGCCGCCAAGGCUUCCCAGCCAGCCCGGAGGUGACACGGCACCUGGAAGGGGCCUAUGCAGACUGGGACGUGGUCAUGUCCAGGCUCCAAAUCCUGAGGAAAAAGCUCCUGGACAGGGACUGAGAUCGCUUCUGACUAGAAUCAGCAAAAUGUAGGUUGUCUAACCUCAAUGACAACAGCAACAUUAAAAAACGUGAGUCUUCUUUUGAGAAACUAACACCGCUUCUGACAAGGGCUUGUCGUAGAAGCAAGGUUAGGGCUUUAAACUGACAGGGGGUAGGUUUGGAUUAGAUUUUAGGAAGGCAUUCUUUACUGUGAGGCUGCUCAGAGAAGCUGUGGCUGCCCAGGUCCUGGAAGUGUUCAAGGCCAGGCUGGGCCUGGAACAACCUGGGAUAGUGAAAGGUGUCCUUGCUAAUGGCACAGGGGGUGCAAGGAGAUGGCCUUUAAGGCCCAACCCAAACCACCCGAUGAGCCUAUCAUAAAUACAUUUUUGAUUUCUAUAAGCUAAGAAACAUUCUGCUCAUAACAAUUGAAGAUUUAUCUGCGCCCUGUAUGUUUAUGUGCUUUUAUAAAAUCAGAGUGCAAAGUGGCUUGGAAGAUUAUCACUUUACAGGACUGGGGAUGACAAGGCCUUCCUUUGCCUCUACAUAUCUACAUAUCUACAGCCCUCCCUAGAGAACCUGAAAGGCAAAAUGAAAGAAGUGUUAUUAACUACAUUUUGUUAUGAAUGUCAC